AUGCAUAUCCAAUCUCCAGAUCCAAUCUUGCCGAAUCACGAACAACUCGAAACUUACGAAACCAAAGAUCGAUUCAUAGAUGAAAAAAUUCUUCGACUGCAAAUGUACAUUGACUCUAUCGAGACUUUAAAUAAACCGCCAAUAACGGAAUCGACAAAACCAACAUCCUAUCGUUCACAGCUCCAUUUUCGAUGGAGAACCGAUGGAAAAACAACCUCCCACAGCUAUCUCUAUCCACUUCAACCUCCUCCCACAGCUAUCUCUAUCCACUUCCGAUGGAGAACCCCGACAAUGGAGAGAGUUUUGGAAUGGGUUCAAUGCGGCUGUACAUUCCCAGCAUAUCCCAUAAAUCCAAAAAAUGAAUUAUUUAAUUUCUUGCUUAAAAGACGUAAUCAACAUGAACGGCAACAGAUACCUCCUGAAUAUUUGUACCUCCUGAAUAUCCUGUCAAGACAAUUUAUUCUUCGUACAAAAAUGUCUAAUCAUAAACCACUCUCAUAUUUUAACAUAUAUAAUCACGAAGAGCAUGCGGUGGAAGCUUUCGAAGAGCGAAAUUCAAGUUUCCUGGCGUCAGCUUAUUGGGAAUAUGAGACAAUGCGUGAAGGACGUUUGGUAUCAGAUAGUACAAGGUGCAAACUCGUACGAGAGCAUGAUCCAUUAUCAAAAUGGAUUUAUAAUCCUACUUAA